CAAAGAAAAAGCUUGGGGAAAAUAAGACCCUGGAGCGCGCAUGCGCAACAAAGGCGCGUGACGACUAACUGCCGAACCAAACAAAGACUCGGAGGCGUUUCGCCGGUUUGAGGGAGGCCUCCGCGGAUCCGGAACCAAGCCGGUUCAUCCGGUGUUCGCACUGCUGGGGGCUUCGUCACCCCCUUCUUCCCCUGACGGCUCUGUAUCUUCUCUGCGGGGAAAUGGCCGCUGACAUGUUUUCAAAAACUGUGGAAGCUCAGAUGCUUCAGACAGCCAAGAUUGUAGAAGAACAACUUGAUGCCGAAAUACAGAAACUUGACCAAGUGGAUGAAGAUGAACUGGAAAUCCUAAAGCAAAGAAGGCUUGAAGCACUGAAAAAAGCCCAGCAACAGAAACAAGAGUGGCUUUCAAAAGGACAUGGAGAAUACCAGGAAAUCCCUAGUGAGAGAGAUUUUUUUCAAGAAGUGAAAGGAAGUAAAAAUGUGGUCUGCCACUUUUACAGAGAUACAACUUACAGAUGCUUAAUAUUUGACAAACACUUAACAAUACUUGCAAAAAAGCACAUUGAAACCAAGUUUAUCAAGGUAAAUGCUGAAAAAUCUCCAUUUCUGUGUGAGAGACUUCGCAUCAAAGUAAUUCCCACACUAGCACUUGUAAAAGAUGGGAAAACGCAGGAUUAUAUAGUUGGUUUCGCAGAUCUUGGCAAUACUGAUGACUUCACCACAGAGACCUUAGAAUGGAGAUUAGGUUGUGCAGAUAUCAUCACCUACAGUGGCAACCUAAUGGAUCCUCCUUUCCAGAGCCAAAAGAAAUUUGGAACCACUUUCACAAAGCUUGAUAAGAAAUCAAUCAGAGGGAAAAAAUAUGAUUCAGAUUCUGAUGACGACUAGAUAUCACAAUACAAAUAUUUGUAAAUCAUCUUUUCUUUUCAGCUUGGUACAUUUCUAAGAAUGUUUUUAUAAUGCAGUUUGUUUUCAGAACAUUUGCACAUAAUACCCAUUUUUUAAGAACAGUUUUAUGAAAAGAAAUCUCAAAUAUUUUUUCCUCUUGAGAGGUCAUUUCUAGGCCAAAGUCUGAGCCCUUUUUUAACUGUGUCAUCUUCAACAUCUUUUUAUUUAAAGGUAGCUCUUUUAAUUCACAUUUUAGUGCUAUAUGCCAUUUAGCCAUAUUAUUUCAAAACAUUAAUGAAGGACUUCUGUCAAGAAUUGAUAUAAAACUAUUCUAGAAGUAGUGCAUUAAUAACAUCAUUGCUUGUCUGGUACUGCCAUGAGUUUGGCAUUACCUGACCUCACUACAUUGCACUGCACAUUAUGAAACCAUCUAAGCCUCUUUUUAAAAAUCAAAAAGUUUACCAGCUGUAUACACUGCAUGUUAAAGCUGAAUCAUCAGUAAAUAAUAUAUAUGACAAAAUUAUAUUGAAGCUUACCUCACUUACAGAAUUAUUUAAUAUGAUUCAGAUGAUCCUAUUUAAUAUAAUUCUGUGUUUUGGGAAAAGGCUGGAUAAAAACAAUAUAAUGGUGAAUAUUGAUAUGGCUUAUUCUCUUGAUGACAAUAUGAAUGCAGCUUAAUACAAUUCCUUGCACGGUUGUUCUUCAGUAAUAGGCAUUUUUUCUAGAAGUCUCUACCUUCUUGGAAAAUUAUAUGUUCCUUGGGAGUAAUCUUGGUGGUAGGUGAAUAAACUUUCCUUCUGUGCUCAUCUUGUACAUUAUUGUUUGAUCUUGGGGCCUCAUUGUGAAUCUUCGAGGAAAAUACAUACUCAAUUUACCAAGGGCACCACUAGGCCUCAACCAUUGGCAGUUUGUCCCUAAAUUUAUGACCCAGACCCCUAGAUGUCUGCAGAUGCCAGUGGAAGCUUGUUUUUGCAACCUGAAUGCAACUCAGGGGGCAACUGUGGGAUGAUCUGGGGGAAUUGCAGAUAAAUUUAAAAUGUGUUGCGUUUUCUGCAAGUUGGACAAGUAUCUUAAGUAGGUGGAUUUGCCUUUUAUGUAAUUUUAAAACACACCCAGUAAUGGUUCACUUUUCCUCUAUGUUAAUACAUGCAAAUUUGUGCAGAUAUUUUAUUCUUUUGGCCUGGGCCCUGAAUCUUUAAAGUGCCUAGCAUCCCCUCUCCUCCCAGCUAUAAGUAAAAGAAAAGCUAUAGUCCAGUCAUUCCAUGUAAGCAUAGCCCUUUUGUGCUUGGCUAUUAUUCUUUUUCUUUGUAAGAGGGGAAAUAGAAGAACAAGGCACCCCUAUAUCCUUGCAUCUCUCUUCUGCUAGAUGGAUGCCAUGGGCAAGAUGCUUCCAUAAGACAUAACAAGGGAGCAUUUAACAGAUGAUUGUGGAAGGGUAAUAAAAAAGUAGCUAAAGUCUGGGGCAGGAGAGCAACAUUGAGGGCAUGUGAGGGAGAGAGAUACUGAGUGUGUGUUCAUUGAGUAGGCAUUGUUGAUAGGCAGGGCCUCAGUAUAUAUCAGAUUCUGGGUACUAGGUAUCACAGGACAUGAAAAUCUCAUCUGGUUCUUUAGCACAGUUGGUCAGCAAUAUUAUUCUCUUAACUGCAUUUUUUUAGUGUUUGUGUAAAUUGAAAUAAAAUUGAAUUCUAAUA